GGAAAAAUACGGUGAAGAGUGGUUGGAUAAGAGGCGACAGUGGAGUGGCAUAAGGGAGGCUUUUGAGAGUUCUCUCUAAACGUAGCAACUCUUGAAAUGCUAAUUGGCUCGCACAGCUUCUUGGCGCCAACUCUCUUUCACUGUAACCCCAUAGGAGCCUUGUUCAAUUUCUCCUCCAAAAGAAUCAUCUCAAUCAAUAAUGGGUUUCGUUCUAUUACUCCAAUUAGUCUCUUUGUACCUGCAGCUCUUCUUUCCCCCCCAACUUUCCUAGCUAGUUUGAAGAGAGAUGAAAAUAAGGAGGCAGAUGAUUUUGCUCAACUGAAGGAGAAAGUGGAAAAUGUGGGUAUUAUAUGCUGCAAUUCUAUUAUCCCUGGAGAAUACACUCGAUUAAUCUGUCCCAAGUGCAAAGGUGGUCGGUCGAUGGAAAGGAGUUUAUCGUUUCAUAUAUCCGGGAAAAGGAAUUUCGCAUUAUGGAGGUGUUUCAAUUUUGAAUGUGGAUGGGCAGGCCAGGUUUUCGCACACAACAGCACGACAUCAGAGGGGGUCGAUCAACUUGGCAGAAUGGGUUCUCCUCGGAUACUUACGGAGGAAAGCUUGAAGUUAGAACCAUUAGGUGAUAUGCUGGCUGCAUAUUUUGCUGAGAGAAUGAUAUCAAAGGAUACUCUGAAGAGAAAUCAUGUCAUGCAAAUGGCUGGUGAUCAGAUCAUCAUUGCCUUCACUUAUACACAGAACGGUAUGCUCAUUGGCUGCAAGUAUCGGACUCUUGAGAAAAGGUUUUGGCAGGAGAAGGGUACAGAUAAGGCACUUUAUGGACUGGAUGAUGUAAGGGAAGCAGAUGAGAUCAUCAUUGUAGAAGGUGAAAUAGAUAAGCUUUCGGUGGAAGAAGCUGGAUUUCUUAACUGUGUCAGUGUUCCUAAUGGUGCACCACAGACCAUCACAUCCAAGGAACUGCUACCACCGGAAGAGGAUACCAGAUUUUCAUACCUGUGGAACUGCAAAGAUUUCUUGGAUAAGGCGUCCCGGAUUGUGCUGGCAACUGAUGGUGAUUUACCAGGCCAAGCAUUGGCUGAAGAACUUGCCCGCCGUCUAGGGAGAGAAAGGUGUUGGCAAGUAUGUUGGCCUAAAAAGGAUGAAUUUAGCAGUUAUAAAGAUGCAAAUGAGGUACUUGUAAAUCUGGGAGCAGAAGCUUUGAAAAAAGCGAUUGAAUGUGCUGUGCCAUAUGAAAUGCAGGAUUUAAACUAAUCCCCCAAGCUCUCUAGUCUUAAGGUAAGUGUUCCAAAUUUGAGACUGCGCUAACAGUUGUAGUCUUUCCAUUAUUUUUGCUGCUCUUACUUUCUCUACUUCUUUCUACUUUUGUCCUUUUCUUAAUCAGGAUAACAACCAAUCAAAAUAUUCUGAUAGAAAGAAAUCUUUUCAACAGUACCUGACUCUCUCUCCACAAGACUAUGUGUCUACUGUAUAUGUAAGUAAGAUUACUGAGGAUGAAAACUUGAAGCAAUUUUGUCAACAUUUACAUUUCCCUUUUCAAAAGUUUUGUAUUCUCCUUUAACUCUUGAAUUUGAAUAUCUCGAAAGUGUUCAAAUAGAGGGCAGGUUGGUAGAUGUACCCAACACCUCUCCUGUGCGGGCCUAGGUCCAAAACGGACAAUAUCACUAGUGGGUUGGGCUGUUAUAGUAGAUGAACGGUUUUUGUUCUCUACUUGGAAUGAAGGUUUUUGGGACAUCUUUACAAGGUAACUUGUUAUAUGAUGCUUUCCAACGAUCGAGGAAUGGAAUUGACUUGGAUACAUGUUUAA